AUCAAAGCAGGCAGCCAGUGACGUUACACGCAGUUCUUGGUCCGAAGAAAACUCUGUUUAAAGUUAAAAAAAAUAAUUUUAAAUUCUGUUUAAAAAACCCCCAGCUGAAGACUCUGUUGGCUGUUGGUGGCUGGAACUUUGGCACUGCACAGUUUACCAUCAUGGCUUCAACUCCUGCCAGUCGCCAAACAUUCAUCCAGUCUUGCAUCAGAUUCUUGAGGCUGCAUGGCUUUGAUGGACUUGACCUGGACUGGGAGUAUCCUGGAGCACGGGGAAGCCCACCAGAGGACAAGAAGAGAUACACAGUGCUCUUACAGGAAUUGCUUGCUGCCUUUGAAAAAGAAGCUACUGAGACCAAACAACCACGGCUCUUGCUCACAGCUGCAGUGGCCGGUGGGAAGGGGAACAUUGACAACGGCUAUGAGAUUGCCGAUGUGUCAAAGUUUCUAGACUUUAUAAACGUCAUGACCUAUGACUACCACGGAGCCUGGGACCCAUUCACUGGUCACAACAGCCCUCUGUACCGCAGCUCUGUAGAUCAGGGUGAUAACAUAUAUUACAAUGUGGACUUUGCUAUGAGAUAUUGGAGGGACCAGGGAGCUCCUGCGGAAAAGCUCUUAGUCGGUUUCCCCACAUAUGGACGCACAUUCACCACAUCAACAGCUGCUAAUGGUCUUGGAGCUACAGCCACAGGACCAGCGAGCGCUGGGCCUUACACCCGUGAAGCUGGGUUUUGGUCUUACUACGAGAUUUGCACCUUUAUCCAAACAGGCAGCAUAAAGUGGAUUGAUGAGCAAAAGGUGCCCUAUGCCAUUAAGGGCAAUGAGUGGGUUGGCUUUGAUAACAGGCAGAGCUAUGAAAUCAAGGCACAGUAUGUGAAAGACAACAGAUUUGGAGGAGCAUUCGUCUGGUCUCUGGAUCUCGAUGAUUUUGCUGGACAGUUCUGUGGACAGGGACAUUAUCCUCUCAUUAGUUAUCUGCGCACUCUUUUGAAUUCAGAUUCUCCACCACCUCCACCUGUAACCACACAUCCACCGCUCGUCUCUACGAUCCAUCCUGGCCCAACAGCUACUACCACUACUGCUACUACUACCACUACUACUGCUACUACUACUGCUACUACUGCCAAAACAACCUCAAGUCCUGUUUCCGGAAGUGGAUUCUGUGCUGGAAAGCCAGAUGGCCUGUAUGUAAAUGAUGAGGAUCCCCACACCUUUUAUCAGUGUGUCCAUGGACAUGCAUACAUCCAGCCAUGUCCAAAUAAUCUUGUUUACAGUGAUGCAUGCAAAUGCUGUACCUAAGUGAGACUGAAUAAAAGUUGUCUUGACCUAGCAAAAAUGUUUUUUAUUCUUGUUUUUUAUGAGAACCACACUGCCUGGACAGUCACUAAAGCCAUAACUUCUAAAAACUGUAUUAACCAUUAAGGAAUGUGCCCACUACUCUGCAAUACACAUUAUAAUGCAGCUACUACAGCCUGAAUUACAUAUAGGCCCAUUUUAAAACUAGGAUGGGUUUGCCAAGAUUUGCAGCUAGCUGCACAAUUUUUCUUUAAAGGUUAGAAUCAGAACAAUACUGAAUUUUUGGUCUCUAGAUUGAAAAUUGCACACCCAGUUAAUGUAUUUGAAACGGGAGCAGGUUUGGUUAAUUCUUACAUGAAGGCAACUGAAACAUUGUACAACAAAUACAAAUCUGCUCAUGUUUCUGUUUUUCUUAGUUGGUCUGGCAUUUUCUUUUCCUCAAAACCUGCUGUGGCUGUCCCCGUGCCAGCAUUGUAACAGCUGGCUCAAACACCGAACACAAUAAAGGAUUCAAUACCACAGUGAAAGGUUAAACUAUUAUUUGAAUAGAUGAAUUAAUAAAAGAAAAGAGUGGCUGCUGCAGCACAGUAGAAAGAGAGAGUGAGUCAGAGCUUUACAAACAAACAGCUGACAUAAAUUGAGCCAACAAGCAAGCACAUGCACUUUCCGGCCAUCCGACCAAGCUGAAAAUUAGGUUUUGUUUUGAGGAAAAUUAUGUGUCACUUAGUAUAAUACUUGCUGCGAUUCCACAUCAUUGGUACUCAAACUUGUUCAAUGCCACAGCUCAAUAUAAUAUUUAACAAUUGCUAAAAUUAAAAAUGGAUUUGGGGGCUUUUUUGCAAGGUUGAAUUUUAGUAAAAUAAAGGUUGGUGCAAUAGCAUCAGUAAACUUUGGACUGUUGUCCCCAUAAAAAUCAUACUUGAUUGUCUGGCAUUCAUGUAAUAUCUUCCCCUAGUGAUUUCCCCAGACUGUUGAUAGAUUAGUGGAGUUUUUACACUUGGAUUAAUCAAUUUAAUGCCAAACUAUUACAUAAGAAAGGGUUUUUACAGUGUAGUGUGUGUAAAUGGUAAAUUGCCUGUAUU